UCACCUCAAACCUCCUCACAGGUGCCCCAUUCUCCUUACCCCCUCAUUCCCCCUGCCCCCAAUUCCACCAUGCCCAGUAUAUCUGUCUCCCUCUCCCUAAAACCCAUGAGUUCCCUCUCCUCCUUCCUCUCCUCUCUGUCUUCUCUUCCCCACACCGUCAGAGACACUGAGGUCCCCCUUCUCUUCCGUGAACCCUACAUCCUGUCUGGCUACCGGCCCGUGGGCCAUUCCUGGAGCUUCUACUUCCUCAGCCUCUUCCAGAUACACAAUGAGACAAUCAACGUGUGGAGCCACUUGCUGGCCGGAGUCUGCGUUGCCCUGAGGUUCUCUGUGUUUGCUGUGAUGUACGGGCUGGGUCUUUACCUGGACCUGGCCUGUCUACCACUGGUCUACUACGUCCUGUCUCUUCUGACCUACUUGUGCUGCAGCGCUACAGCCCACCUGCUCCAGUCCCACUCCGAGCUGGCCCACUAUGCCCUAUUCUUCCUGGACUAUGUGGGAGUGGCUGUGUACCAGUAUGGCUGUGCCCUGGCUCUAUACUUCUACAGCUCUGAUCCCGCAUGGAGACGCAGUCGAGUAGGAGAGGUGUUCCUCCCUGCAGCAGCUCUCCUGGCUUGGUUGUCCUGUGCCUGCUGCUGCUUUGCCAAACUCAGUUACUGCCACCCGUACCCACUCCAUCGUAAGCUGUGCCAGGUCGUGCCAACCGGUCUGGCGUACCUGCUAGUCAGCAGUCCUGUGGCACAUAGACUGGUCAGCAGGACCUGGGGAGACGACCCUGCUAUGACCCUACACGCAAUACAGGUGUUGCUGUUCCUCCUGGCAGCGUUCUUCUUCUCCUGUCCCAUGCCUGAGCGUUUCUUUCCUGGGCACUGUGACAUCAUCGGCCACGGGCACCAGCUCUUCCACUUCCUCCUCUCCCUCUGCACGCUGACCCAACAGGAAGCAGUGUUUGAGGACUUCCUGUCCCGGCGGGCGUCCCUGACGAGGGAGUACGGGGAGUGCCGCCUACUGGUGGCAGCCGUGUCAUUUCCUGCCCUGGUGUUCUGUAGCGUGCUGACAGCUGUGGUCAUGAGGAGAUUGGUGGAGAGGAGGCUGAGGAAGGAGGACAGUUGGGGGGAGGAGGUAGAGAGAGGAUAGAGAGUGGGAGAAAGAGAGAUCUGGUGUAAGGUAGAACGAAGGGGAAGAGAGGGUAAAAGGGGAAGGAGAGAGAGAUUUGGGGAUUGUAAGAUGAAUUCUUAUACAUUAUAAGGCCUUCAUACGAUGACUUGAUAUCUAGCUUUUAUGGUCACUUAUUUGUUUUGAACAUAAUUCACUGGUGAUCAUAGGCUUAUGUACGUUGUUGUCUCAUUUGUAGUGUGCAUCUUUGGCCAUAGGGAGGCAGUGUCUACUGUCAUUACGAUCUACUGCAGGGAGAGUUGUGAUUUGUGAAGCAAAGAUGAACACUUUUACUCCAAGCACAU